AUAAGCUGACAACAGAAGCUCACUCAAGUUGAAACGCCAUGCCCACACCCCACUCUCUUCAAUGAGCCUUUUCUAUAAUUCUAUUUCUUCAUUACAGUUGCCUAGUCAUGAAGAAAUUUCGCGCCUACGUUCUGCAUCAAAAUGAUUCUCGCAGUUAGGUAAAGUUUGGUACUUGACGAUGGGUUCUUUCAGAACAAUACUCGGCGUUUUGCUUUGGUUUUUACAAAUCGCACAAGGGAGAGGGAGUAAUAUUCUGAUAUACACUUCAUAUGGCGCAGGAAGUCAUUUUAUGUGUGCAGCUCAUAUUGGAAACGAGCUAAAGCGGCGUGGCCACAACGUCACUGUCAUAAUUAGCAAUGCCUAUGAGAAUAGGUCAAAGGAAGAACAGUACAAAGACUUGCAAUUUGAGAUCUUCAAGCACAGUGUGCCGGUUGAAGAAGUGUGGAGGAGGCAUGAACUUAUUACAAAAGGGGUCUUCAAAGGAACUUGGCGUCAAGAGAGCUGGUAUAGGAUGAGUGAAGCUAUCAACGAGUAUAUUGGUGAUUGUGAGGAUUUGUUCAACGACAAGGAACUUCUGCAAAGACUUCGUCAAGCUCAGUUUGAUGUUGCAUUGGUUGAUCCUUAUUUUCCGUGCACGUUGCUUGUAGCUGAGUAUGCUGCCAAAAGACAUGUGUCGAUCAUGGCUACCUCGUUUUCACACCUUGCUAGAUACAAUGGGAACCCUUCAAACGCUGCCUACAUGCCAGAGAUGAGCCUUGGUUUCACAAAUCAGAUGACCUUGAUCCAAAGGGCUAUCAACUGUAUAAUGGUUUUAAUUAAUGAAUGGAUGAGAAGAAUGACCGAUGUCGUUUCAGCCAUCCAGGAUGCCCAUGGAAUCUGCCCGGGGCUUCGUCCCAGUGACCUCUAUCAAAGGUCACAACUGCUCCUUGCCAAUGUUGAUUUCGCCUUUGAGUUUCCGGUUCCAGUGAUGCCUAACCUGAUACCAGUUGGUGGCAUUAUGACGAGACCAGCAGGCAGUCUAACUCAGGACCUGGAAGAAUUCGUCCAGAGUUCAGGGGAUGAUGGAAUCAUCAUCUUCUCUCUCGGGACCUACGUGAUGCAUAUGGAAGAAGAGUUCAUUGUCAAAUUUGCAAAUGCCUUCGCCAGACUUCCGCAGAAGGUGCUCUGGCAGUUCCGUGGAACAGCGCCACCUCUCGUUGACAAGAUACCCAACAUAAAGACCAUGGAAUGGCUUCCUCAGAAUGACCUGCUCGGUCACAAUAAAACACGUGUUCUAAUGUACCAAGGAGGAAACAACGGUCUCUACGAAGCGCUUUAUCAUGCAGUUCCCGUCGUCGUCAUACCCUUGUUCGCUGACCAGUCCGACAUCGCAGCUAGGGUGACGACUCGAGGCAUGGGCCUCUCACUCGAUAUAGUGACCGUAACAUCGGAGAAGAUCGUAGACGCCCUCAAUGCCGUUAUACAUGAUAAGAAAUACAAAGAAACGGUUACAAAGCUGUCGGCGAUAUUCCAUGACCGACCGAUGACACCUCUUGAAACGGCAGUCCACUGGAUCGAACACGUCCUCAAGCACGGUGGCGGCUACAUGCGAUCACCGAUUCAUGACCUAACCUGGUAUCAAUAUUACCUUCUCGAUGUCGUCGCCGUUUUCCUUCUCGUUUUCAUCACAUCAAUUGUUUUUGUGGUGUAUUCAUGUAAACUUACUUUUGAGGGAUGCAAGCGAAUGUUUAUCGGUAGCAAAGCUAAAACUGAAUAAAGACACCUUUUGUCUGUUGGGGGCACUAGCAGUCUGCCCCCCGCCCCCCUGACGAGUCACAACCCAUGCAAAGGACUUAUCCCUGCCCCCCUCCCCCCUGACGUGCUUGAAAUCUUUUUUUUUUUUUCUUGUCAAUUUUUUUGGCGGACGGUUCCCCCCGGUACACAUGCCCCCAAACAGUAGCGUAUAGGAUUUUCCACGGGGGGGAGGGGCCUGUGGAAAAUCCUGGGUACGCUACUGGUUGGGGGCAUGAGGACAUAAGUAAUGACGUCAGGGGUGAAAAGGGGUGGCACUUAUUCCCCAAAGAAAAUUUGACAUGAAAAAAAAAAUCAAAGGAAUAGUGUCAGAACGACAUAUUUCUUGGAAAUGCUUUCAAAAAACAUUUUUUAAGAAUAUGUGCAUAACAUUAAUGAAACAUUAACUUUAUUAUGAUAUCAAGCAUAUGUUUUGAUGGCCAGACAAGAAAAAAAUAAAGACA